UCUGAGUUUAAACAUGAGCUCGAGUAUGUUCAACAGGCUGAUGGCACGCUUGUGUAUGCUUAUAAAUUCCAGCUUCGCGACAAGGAUGUUAUUUCAUGGAUCCAAGUUUGGGCAGAUGCCGACACUGGCAAACUGAUCCAGGCUGUUGAUUUUGCUCAUCGUGCAACAUACAAAGCCAUUUCACCUGAUAAUAUUAACCCUAAUGAAGGUGGAUUCACCAACAUCAAAGAUCCAGAAUACAAACCAUCGUCACCUAACGGAUGGACUGACGGAACUACUACUCAGGGUAACAACGUUAAUGCUCUUGAUUUAAGAAAGGAUCCACCAGUUCCGGGAACCGGUGUUGACGGUGUAUUCAACACCAAGUUCAAUUCCACUGCUGAUGUUACCGAUCCAGACAACAUGCAAGCAGCUUCUGUCAAUCUGUUCUACGUUGCUAACCUAAUGCACGAUAUCACAUACCAGUAUGGUUUCAACGAGGCUGCUGGUAAUUUCCAAAAUGACAACUUUGGAAAAGGUGGUGAGGGUAACGAUGCAGUUACCAUCAAUGUCCUAGAUGAUUCGAGUACUGGAAAUGCCUUUUUUCAAACUCCAGCUGAUGGUCAACCUGGUUUAAUGAGAAUGUUUCGAUUCAUUUCUGCCGAACCCAAUCGCAAUAGUGGUUUGGACACUCAAGUCGUUUUGCACGAAUAUGGACACGGUAUUUCAAAUCGGUUGACUGGUGGACCUGCAACAAUUGGAUGUUUGUUUAAAGGUGAACCUGGUGGUAUGAACGAAGGCUGGUCCGAUAUAUUUGCAAUAAUCAUAACUGCCAAAGAAUCACACAAAGCCGACACUCCAAUUGUCAUGGGUACAUAUAUUGCCAACUCGCCUAAAGGUAUUCGCUCACAUCCUUACACUACUGACAUGAAAGUCAAUCCCUUGACGUAUGCCGAUGUUAAAACUCUCCAAAGCUCUCAUGAUAUGGGUGUAGUGUGGGCCUCUAUGCUUUGGGAAGUCUACUGGAACUUGGUCACCAAGAACGGAUUCUCCACCAAUCUUUACGAUGCCAAGGGCAAGGCUGGUAACAUUAUUACUAUGCAGAAUAUGAUUGGUGGUAUGAUGCUUCAGCCAUGCCAUCCCACUUUCCUUGAUGCUCGUGAUGCCUUUAUUGCAUCUGAUGUUGCUCGCUACAAUGGUGCCAACAAGUGCGAGAUCUGGAAAGGAUUCGCCAAACGCGGUCUGGGA